AUAGUGUAAUCUGUAAUAAUCACAGAUCGUCGUGUGUCCCGGUAGAUACGCACUUGCUGUCCGCUAUACUAAACUGCAACCAUGGCUGCUCGUCGAACGAUCAAGGCAAUAAACUGGGCACCCCUCGUUGAACGUAUACACGAGUCGGAGAAAGCCGCCCUCGCUGCACUCAAGGCCAAAUCCGAUCAGUAUUUCAGACGGGUAAGUGAAAAUCCAGAGAGUCUACCAAAAAUUGACUGGGCCCAAUACAAAAAAUAUGUCUCGCCAGCUCUGGUUGACAAGUUUCAAAAAGAAUAUGAAUCUUUGAAAAUCGAAUACCCAGCUGACAAGUAUACCUCUUUGAUCGAGGCUCAAGAACAAGAGGCUACAACUGUUGUUCAAAAAUUCAUCCAAGAAUCUAACAGCCGAAUUUCAGAAUUUGAAGCAAAAAUCAACAAGCUAAAAGGAUUGAUGCAAUACAAAAAUAUGACUAUGGAAGAUUUUGCAAGAGCUCACCCAGAUAUGGCUCUUGACCAGAUCAAUAGACCAACUAUCUGGCCCCAUGAAGAGGAAUUCCAGCCAAACCCUGAUGCAGACAAAAACAUUGCACAUCAUUAAACAUAAUUUAAUAUGUCGUUAUGCUUGCUGUAGUCAAGAACAACUCUGAUAUUUCUUAAUUAAUAUUACUGCAAAUCUGAAAAUAAUCCGAAAUUACGGAUAUCUUGCAAAAAAUCUGAAUUCAUAAGCUCAGUGGAUUAUUAAAAAUAAAUGUUA